AUGAUGAGGACCCUUUUCCUCUGCUUUGCAGUUAUUUUCUUCUGGGCUGCUUCUGCUGUCUGUAUGUCAGGUACAACCAGAAUUAUUGUUUUUUACAGCAGUUUAAAGGCAAACAUGCUCCUGCGCUCCAAACGGGCCAAUUCCUUUCUGGAGGAGCUCAAGGCUCCAUCUUUGGAGCGAGAGUGUAUGGAAGAGAGGUGUAACUUUGAAGAGGCUAAAGAGGUCUACCAGACCAAUGAGGCCACAUUAAGGUUUUGGAACUUUUAUGAAGGUGACCAGUGUGUCCCAAAUGCCUACAAGAAAAUAUUUUGUGUGGAUCAGUUCUGGUCCUACGUUUGCCCCUGUAACCCUGGCUUUGAAGGAAAAUAUUGUGGCUCAUACAAAAACUGCUCUGUGGACAACGGAGGCUGUGAUCACAACUGCCACGAGAGGUCAGACAAGACAGGAUGUUACUGCAGCUGUAUUCAUGGAUACACACUCCAUGAAGAUUUCAAACAGUGUGUUCCAAAAAAUAAGCAGUCUUGUGGACAGAUUUUGAUUCCUAAGUCGUUCUACAGAACAAAGCCUGAUAAAGGUCCACAGCCUUGGGUCACUGGUGGAGAAGUUGGCAGAAAAGGAGAGAGUCCUUGGCAGGCUCUUCUCUUGAAUGCAAGAGGAAAAUUUAACUGUGGUGGCGUCUUGCUUGAUGACGUCUGGGUUCUCACCGCUGCUCACUGUCUCGAGGGAUUCACCCGCUUCAGUGUCAGAUUGGGCGACUACAAACGUUUUGACUUCGAAGAAACUGAGGUCACGCUUCCUGUGGAAAAAAUUGUCCCCCACCCAAAAUACAACAGCCAGACAGCAGACAAUGACAUAGCUCUGCUGCGUUUGAAGUCACCUGUAACAUUCAGCACGUACAUCGUCCCUGCAUGUCUGCCGAGUCAAGACCUGGCUGAGCGCGUGCUCCACGCCAACGGCACCAUGACGGUGGUGACAGGCUGGGGUGCGGAACGAGAAGGGGAAGCGCCAUACAGCUCAGAUCUCAGAUACAUCCACGUACCACUGAUGGAGCACUCCGAGUGCGCACAGCACAUGGUCAACAACCUGACGCAGAACGUGCUGUGUGCCGGCAGCAUCGGGAACAUCAAGGACGCAUGCAGCGGUGACAGCGGCGGCCCCAUGAUGACGCUAUACCGCAACACGUGGUUCCUCAUUGGUCUUGUGUCCUGGGGCGAGGGCUGUGGCCACACGGACAAACUAGGCAUCUAUACCAAAGUCUCCAAUUAUCUGGAUUGGAUUAAUAGCGUGAAAAAGGAGCUGUGA